AUGUCAGGUGUCCAGUGGUUUUUACUCCGUAUUUUAUUUGACCUAAUUGCGGUCACCCCAUUCGUGGUUGUUGCAGCCGUCGUGUACAAAUUGGAGCCGUUUCAAAGGGGCUAUUUUUCGAACGACAAUUCUUUAAAAUAUCCAUAUUUUAGUUCAACGGUCAAGAAUAUCUACUUGUUUACAGUGGUACCUAUAAUUGCUAUUUUAAUUAUUGCGGCGACGGAGCUUAUUCGUGCGCGCAAUUACGGCUUCUCGACACGCUAUAAGAGCAUCCCUCUGAUUUUUAUUAAUUUGUAUAAAUUUCUUUAUCUUCUGGCCUUUGGAUACACCGUGGUCUCUAUGUUUACCCACAUUGGAAAAAUUGUUGUGGGCCGACUUCGCCCCAACUUUUUCGAUGUUUGCGGUCCGGUUGCUGUAACUGAAACGGCAUAUGGAUAUAUAAGUGAAUUCAGAUGUACCAAAACUGACGCCUACUUAAUCAGAGAAAUGAGAUUAUCAUUCCCAUCAGGUCACUCUGCCUACACCAUGUUCCCAGCCAUCUUCAUUGCAUUUGAUUGGUGUCACAAAGCAAAGCUGGUUGAACCACAGAAACGGAAGGUUGCUUGA